AUGCGUUUACAGAGCAAAUCCAAUGUCAUCGCGUUGGUUUGGCAGACGCUGGUGUUGUCCGGCCUCUGUGGUGUGCAGGCUGACGCUGGUGUUGUUUCUCUGCAGGGCGGCAGCCCUGGACUGGACAGAGCAGGAGGGGCCAGACCAGAGGACCCCACCAGCCAACUCAGCCACUUCCCCCUCAAUAAUAUCACCAGGACCGUGGAGAUCUCAGGAGAGCACGGGCCUCUGGGGAUCCACGUGGUGCCCUACUGCUCCUCUCUCAGUGGACGGGCGCUGGGCCUGCAUAUUCGAGGCGUGGAGGAGAACAGCCGCUCCAAGAGAGAGGGUAUCUUCCAGGACGAGGAGUGCAUUGUUAAAAUCAAUGAUACUGACCUAAUGGACAAAACCUUCAGCCAGGCACAGGAAGUGUUCCGACAGGCCAUGCGUUCCACCACCAUGCGUCUGGAGGUGGUUCCUGUCCCCAACAGGGAGCGCUACGAGAGGAGUCUGAUUGGCCAGCUCUUCCAGCCUGACAGCCCCAGAGCCCCCAAGACCAAAGAGCCUCCUCCAAUCAAAGCCAAGCCCAACUUCAAGCCUUCCGAGUCCCCCGCUCUCCGAUUGGCCGACGACAGCAGCAGUCUGGAGGGCCGGCCAAUAGGGUCCCCCCGUCAGCCUGUCGCCCACUCCGAGAGGCCAGAGUGACAGCCCCCUCCUGAAGAAGAGCCCCACCCCUGCCCUCCCUGGCCUGGUGGGAUUGGCCAACAAGAAGGGGGGGCGGAGACUGAGGAUCGACUUAAAAAAAGGUA